AACCAGCAACUCAGCAAGCUUUUCGUGUUCAUUUUGGCACCUUAAGGAAAAUUUCAAAUUAGUAGUCGAAAAGUUCAGCUUUCCAGCAUGGAUACGCUGCUCCAGAGGAUUUCGGAGAUAUUUAAUAACUUUACUUCCCCCGUUGAAGCGGUGGUAUACACUCCUAAGAAUGCUGAGGAAACACAAGCCUCUGCAAACCAAAUUCCAGAAGCCUCGAAUCAGGAAACUGGGAAGCCGCAUGAUCGCCCUUCACCCGAUGCUAGUGAACCCCUAACCUCUGGUGAUAUUCCAACUCCAGAUGUCAGGUUGCAAAAGUUCAGGGAACAAACAACCCCUACCAUAAACUACGAGUUGGAGUUUGUUGACUUUGUAGAUCGCAACGCUCCUCAGGGUCUAUCGAAAAAGAUAAUGGACAUAAUGCCCUAUCUGCAAGUCAGCUUUUUAUCCUGGCCAGCUUUUUGGAUUUGGCGCGGCUACAACUGGCAGUCUAAACGGAAAACGGAGAGAAUCUCCUUUUACAUUCAAAGGACCUAUCAACAGGCCAAGCUAAUGCAGUUGGCCAUCUUAGCCACUGGUUUAUUCACAAUAUCAAUGGGUCGACCGGCCGGCUUGCCAAUAGAAAUGCACACGGUGCACAAUAAUCAGGACGAAACGCCUGACAUCGGGGACUCCUCUUAGUUCAGAUGGGCAUCCAAAAUUAUUACGGCAAUCUGAAGGAGAAGUUCUUGAGGCUCACCAGGAAGGAGGAACCAGCCAAGGCGGAGAUAGCCCACCCACCUCGGAUACAUAAUCUUGGCGAGGAAAUACGUAUGUUGGUGCACUCGCAGUCCUUUGAAAAGGCCUA